CUGACUUCUUUUUCUUCCGUCACCUUAGGUUUCGACGAUUUUGUUCAGAUGACUGUAUCUUAGAUUAAUUGUACUGGCUGUGUGGUUUAGAUUACCACUUACGGAUAUCGAAAAAUAAAACACAAGAAGAAAAAUAUAAAAAACGAUAUCUAUAGUAUAAGAAAAAAAAUAAAAAUAAAAAACAAUAUACCUCAAAUAACUCAAAAUUUUCUGUUAUUUGGCUCCAAAUUUUGUGAUUUGACUGUACUACAUUGGAUAACUUAGAGCAAAAGAUUUUUUAUUGUACUUAAAAGAAAAAGGAGCUAUCAUUUUCAAGAAAUGAUGUCCAACGGUCUUGAUGGAUCGGUUGUGGGUCAACAGAAUGGUGGGGGCGGUGGUCAAGGUGGAGGACAAGAAGAAUCAAAAACAAAUUUAAUAGUUAAUUAUUUGCCACAAACCAUGACACAGGAGGAAAUAAGGUCGCUCUUUUCCAGUAUAGGCGAAGUCGAAAGCUGUAAAUUAAUACGGGAUAAGGUUACAGUGCCAGAUGGAGUUUUCAGUACUAGUCCAUUGGUUACAGGGCAAAGUUUGGGAUACGGUUUUGUCAACUACCACCGGCCUGAAGAUGCAGAAAAGGCAAUCAACACAUUAAAUGGACUGAGGCUACAAAACAAAACUAUCAAGGUUUCAUACGCGAGGCCAAGUUCCGAAGCAAUAAAAGGCGCCAAUCUGUACGUUUCAGGAUUACCAAAGAAUAUGACCCAACAAGACUUAGAAGCUUUGUUCAGCCCAUAUGGACGGAUCAUUACUUCACGCAUUCUCUGUGACAACAUAACCGUACGUCAGUUUGUCACGGGGGCCGGAGAGAAUGUGCCUGGCCUAUCAAAAGGCGUUGGAUUUAUAAGAUUUGAUCAACGCAUGGAAGCAGAACGAGCAAUCCAAGAGUUGAAUGGUACAAUCCCUAAAGGAUCUACAGAACCCAUAACUGUUAAGUUUGCAAAUAAUCCCAGCAACAAUAAUAAAGCCAUCCCACCACUGGCAGCUUAUCUUACACCCCAAGCAACACGUCGCUUCGCUGGCCCAAUUCACCAUCCCACAGGCCGGUUCAGGUAUUCUCCGCUGGCCGGGGACCUGUUAGCCAACUCGAUGCUGCCAGGAAACGCAAUGAAUGGUUCGGGGUGGUGCAUAUUUGUUUAUAAUUUAGCACCAGAAACGGAAGAGAACGUUCUGUGGCAGCUUUUCGGUCCAUUCGGUGCCGUACAGAGCGUAAAAGUUAUUCGUGACCUGCAGACUAACAAAUGCAAAGGCUUCGGUUUCGUCACAAUGACCAAUUAUGACGAAGCCGUGGUAGCGAUUCAGUCACUGAACGGCUACACACUGGGUAAUCGCGUAUUGCAGGUCAGUUUCAAGACUAACAAGAGUAAAACCACAUAGAGCAGUGACAUAGCGUCGUAAUUUAUAUGGUCUCUUAUCUGUACUGACACUGCGAUUUUCGUAAUAGUAUUUUUAUUUAUUGAAACUGAAUUCUUCUCUAUUGUAUUAUAUUUUAAGAUGGAAUCGAAAUCGCAGGGUGACGUACAGUCGUGACCGUACCUGAGGACCUAGUCCUCGUAAAUAAUUAAUUAGUACUUAUAUAAAAAUACGAAACUAGUCAAACAAGUGCAUUCAGGUUUUUCCUAUAGCACCGUAUAUGUUAAUUUGAUUAUUUGUAUUCUGUUUGUGCCAUUGUAUUUUUCUAAAAUGUAUUUGGAAAAUAGUCCAAAUAUUCACGUAAUAAGUAUUUAUAGAAUAAUUUAUUUUUCAUAAAAUGAGUUAAAAAUUAGUUACAAUUUCUGAUGUAUUUAUUCUAUAUGUAGUGUUUUGUGUAUUUAUAUAUUUAAAUGAACUAGUCGCAUAUGCAACGCCGAUACUGUAUACAGAUGAGAAGUGUAAUAGUCUGAUUGUAUGUUUGUUUUGUGGCGUUGCUGUGUAUUUGUGUUAUUGCAAUUUAUGAAAGAGCAAAUUUUUUUUAGUUUCGAACUGAAAUCAUGCGUUUGCUGUUUUGUAAAUUGCGGAAAUCUCAUUUGUGUGUUGUGUUGUUUAAUGUUCAGUUACAUGGUUACUUAUUACCAUUCUCUAACACCUUUAUCCCUAAAGCUUUCUGACAAUUGUAUUGCAGUGGUUUUGCUUAAAAUGCCAUCAUUUUAUCGCGACGGCAAUGCUUUUGCGAGACCACAACUGAAUACAAAAUUUCGUUUUUUUUUCAUUUCUUUUGUUUAUUUGAUUUUUUUAAUUAUGCAUGCCGCAGGCAGUAUGAUUCUUUUAGCUUUAGUUUAUAGUUAAUAGUAUUUUUUGUUUCCAUUACCUAAUUAUUAUAAUUUGUUUUUUUUUCUGGAUACAUAGGGGAUUUCAAUUAAACUUACUUUCUUCUUUAUCAUUUUGUUUUACUAUUUUAUUUAUUUCCCAUUUAUACUAGUUGUGCUGUCUCGUGUAGUGUUCGCUGACGUCAAUGCAUAAGCAGGGCAAUACGCCGUAGCCAUUUGGAUUAAAAGGCGUAAGGUCUCUAACCACCCAUCGACUAACUAACCACUUCCACUAAAAAUCUCUUUAUUUUUAUAAAACACUCGUACCUUGAAAGCCGAUAAUAAUAAGAAUAAUUUUAAAAUGAAUCUAAAGACACAUAUUUUUAUGCUAAAAGAUUGUACUUGGAGGUGCAAUCUGGAUUCAGUUUGAUUUACAAGCGUAACGCACACGAAAAACGCCAUUGGGCGCAGAAUAUAUACGGACAUGUAAAUAGAAACUACAUAAUAUAAAUUUCAUCGCACUAGCAAAAGUACAAUUGAAGGCAACCGUUUAUUACUUUAAUAUUUCGUUUCGUUUUCGUAAGUAUAGCGCUAAAAUAACAACAAGAACUGGUAAGGGAUGUGUGCAAGGCAACGAAAAGUUCUCGCACCAGACCCGAUACCGAAAUUUUCUAUCCCGCCCCCCGCCUGUGAUAGCCACGUGCAAGGGCCUAGUCGCGGGGGGCCCGCACGGCCCUGCACCCUGACCCUUCUGUUGGAGCACCCCGGCUGGGACCGAGAGCCGUGCAGGACACGAGCGUGAAUACGGGUCGAUGUACAAUCAGUUAGGUGUUCCCAAGCACAAACUAGGCAACAUUAGGUGAUGCUAUCGGUUAUUCUCUGGCCUAAAUCGAAACUCGCGUAGACUAAUUCCAUAAUACAGAACAACGAUCUUAUUGCAAAUGAUAAUGUUAUAUAUAAUAUUAUAUAUGUCUGUCAACAUUGCUUGUUUACCAUUCUUAGCUUCUAUUUGACUAGCCAUUUGCUAUUAUAUACCGCUUAACUUUUUUAAACUUGUAUAAUGAUUAUCUAUUAUGAAUUAUUAUGACUUACGUAUCACUAUCUAUAAGAGUUAUUAUCUCUUUGUGUGUUGUGUAGAUCUCUAGCAUAAGUGUAAGAU